AUGCCGCCCCCCAUGCUCUCGUCCCGAAUCUCCAACUUCUUGGGAGUCCCCUCUUUGCACCAAACAGGCCGCGAUGCCUAUCUAAUCAUCACACUCCGCUGCCUCCGUAUGUUCAGCGCAGGCAUCCCCUCCCUCAUUCUCGCUCUAUUCUUCUCCACCCUCUCCUUCUCCGACACUCUCAUCGGGGCCUUUAUGACGCUCACCCUCCUCGGUGACGUUCUGCUCUCCCUCCUCCUAACCCUGAUCGCAGACUCCCUCGGCCGCCGCCGCAUCCUAUUCUUUGGCUCUGCUAUGAUGGUCUUUUCCGGCACGGUCUUCGCGCUGUCCGAGAAUUUCUGGAUCUUGUUGGCGGCGGCCGUGGUGGGCGUUAUUAGCGUGACGGGUGCGGAUUGUGGGCCGUUCCGCGCAGUGGAAGAGAGCGUGCUUAGUGGGUUGACAGGUGAGAAGACUAGGAGUGAUGUCUUGACUUGGUAUGUUAUGGCGACUAAUAUGGCGAAUGCGGUGGGUACAGAGGUUGCAGGGAGGGUGGUGCAUGUGUUGGAGAAGAAUUGGGGGAGUGAGGAGAAAGGGAUGAGAAGGGUGUAUCAUGUGCUGUUUUGGGGAUAUGCGGGGUUUGGGCUGUUGGGGUGUGUGUGCUGCUUGGGUAUGAGUUCGAGAUGUGAGAUCCAGCAGGAGAAACGGGAGAUGAAAAAACGAUGGAGAGGCGAUACAGGUGGAAUUGGAAAUGGGGAAGAAGAAGAAGUUCUUCUCGAUGCAAUAUCUCCCUCUUCGACCGACUUUCACGUCGACCCUAGAACUCGAGCAUGCUCAGAGCCUGAAACCCUUCGCUUCCAACCCGUCCCGCAGAAAAAAUCCCGCUUCGCGCAAAUAUCCCCCCAAACCCGCUCCGUCAUGUACAAACUCUGGUUCCUCCUCGCUAUCGACUCCCUCGCUGACGGGAUGGUCCCGUACUCUCUCAUGAACUACUACGUCGACCUAAAAUUCCACCUCCCGAAGGCUACACUAGGAGACAUCACAUCAGCGUCCCAGUUCCUCUGCGCUGUAUCCAGCAUCUUCGCAGGUCCAUUGUCCCGCCACAUCGGAUUGAUCAAUACAAUGGUGUUCACCCACCUCCCUUCAUCCAUUGCGUCGGCGUUUAUCCCACUACCACAAAGCGUGGGAUGGACAGUUGCACUUCUGCUAUUCCGCGCUGCGCUGAACUCAAUGGACCAAGCGCCCAGGACGUCGUUUAUUGCUGCGGUUGUGAAACCCGAGGAACGGACGGGGGUGAUGGGGAUUACGAGUAUGUUGCGGACGCUGGCCAUGAGUGUGGGGCCGACGGUGACGGGGAUACUGGCUGGGAAUGGUAGAUUCUGGAUUGCCUUUUUGGUGGCCGGGAUUUGUAGGGUGGUGUAUGAUUUGGGGCUAUUUACGAUGUUUGUGAAUGUGAAGUUGCAUCAGCAUGAGGGGAAGGGGGAAGAUGAAGGGGAAGAUGAUGAUGGGGGUUUGGAGAAUUUAUUGAGGGAUAUUGAGGCGGAAAGUGAUGAGGAGAGAAGGGGUCGAUAA